UCAAAUCUUCUCAAUGUUUCAGGGUAGUCCAAGACAUAGUAAUGGCGAAAGAAAGCACAAAGAACGAUGGCGCGUGAAGCGGACACCGCCAUGCAAGCAAUGGAAUUUUGAACAAUAUUCUCUUUUAGGUUUCCCAAAAAUUGCUCGAAAGUUCUAGUUAAAAAGUAUUAUACACAUGCUGUGGAAGUGUAUAAAUUGACGAGAGAUACUUCUUAAAGGAUUACUGUUGAAAACGAAAGACUCUUUGAGAGUGAAAAGUAAAGCUUCUAAUCAUGGGUACGUCUGGUGGUGAGCCUAAGACAUUACUCAAUGCCCUCAAACCAAUGCUUGGACCAUCGGGGGAUAUCAAGUCUCCCCAAGAAGUAGUGAGAGUUGUUAGUUUGAUGCGUGAUGCGGAGAAACUGAUGAGUCGAUGUGUUUAUCUUAACAUUCUCAAAUCAACAAUCAUAAUGUCACAUGAAAAUGAAAAAUCUACUGAGACUCUUGAAAAAUUUGUGUCAAUUGGAGGAUGGGCAGUAUUGAAUAAAUGGUUAUCUGAUGGUAAAAAGACUGAGAAUUUCUCCAUCAUCAUUGAACUCUUGGAGAUUCUAAAAGAUCUUCCAAUAUCUAUUGACACCCUCAAGCAGGGUAAUACAGGAAAAAUAGUCAAGUAUUUGACAAAAGUAGAUAAUAAUGAUGUCAAAAGGAUGUCAACAAGUAUACUGAAGCAAUGGAUGUCUUUAGUAAGACAUAAAUCAGCCAUACCUGAAGGACAAAAACCAUCAGAAAAGUUCAAGCAAAAUGGUGAUAGUUUAGAGAUAAGUUCACAUGGCUCUGAUAGUCCAACAGACCUGGCAUCAGCUAAAGCAGAUGACCUGAAAUCUUCCAAGAGGCAAAGAGAUGUUGAUGGAACUGCAGGCAUACCUGAGAAAAAAAUAAAACAAAAUGAUGGGAAGCACAAGAUGAAGAAAGAGAGCAAAGUUGUGGCCAUUGAAAGUGCUGGUUUCAUGAAUGCGCUGACAACUGCCUCUGCACCAGCGCCAAUCAAGAAAAGAAAGCGUCCUGCUUCUACGUCUCAAAAGACAACUACUAGUAAUACAACAACAACUACUACAGCAACUAGUCCUGCUGGCAAGUCAAGUUAUUCUGGUCUUCUGGAUGAAAUCAUGAGCAAUCAAUCACAAACUCAUGGUUUUGAAGAAAGAGAAAAACCCAAAGUUAAAGCUAUUGAAGAUAUUAAUGAAAAGUCGUCACCAAUAGGCUCACCACAAAACAAUGUUCCUGCUGGUGAUGCAGCAGACUUUUCAAAGGAUUCUGAGAAUGGAGAUAAAGACAAAACUAUAGAAUCAAAUUCUUCUACUCCGUCCACUGUGAUAACAGAGGAUGUUGCUGAUGUUGAACCACCAGCAAAGAAACCCAACAAAAAAGGAAUGUUUGUAACCUGGGCAGAGGACAGCAAACUAGCUUCUUAUCACUACUUUGAGAUGGAUGAAGAUGAACGAGCAACAAUACGACAUCCUAUCAACUUUAUAAAUGCUGCACACAAUGAAAUGAUGAAUGAAAGACUGUUACUUGAAAAAGCCAAAAGACUAAACGAAGACAAAAUGCUGGAAAAAGUCAAGUGGUAUAAACCUAAAGAAAUAAAAGGAUUAACAAUUACAGUUGACUAUGGAAGUAAAAGUGAAGAGAAAAAAAUUCAGAAAGAAAGAGAGUCAAGUGUCCUUGCUGAUAUUUUCUUCUCAAAAUCAAGUUUACCAGACAGUCCAGCAGAACCUGACAUGGAGCAUGAAAAACAAGUAACUGGGGAGCCUAAAGUUAUUCCACAUGAUGAGAAAGGGACAACACAUCCAGUACCUAAGCAGGCAGCCACACCUCCUUCUACCACAUCUCAGGUUCAGCUUCCUGCAGCUCUGGCAUCUUUGUUUUCUUCAACACCAGGUUCUGGUGCACCAGCUACAGGUCCUACACCUUCAGAUCCUGUGUCAGUACAAUCUCUUUUGGAUAAAAUCAUGUCUAAAAGUGGGAGUGGUCAACCACUGAAUCAAUUGCUAUCAAGUGUAAAGCAACAACAAAUGCAGCAACAACAACAACAACAACAACAGCAACAACAAGAUGGUCAGCUUCCCAAUUCUCUUAAAAAUAUUCUUGAACCAAUACAAGGAAAACCAAGACCUGGACAUCCUGGAAUGGGACUUCUUGGAAUUGGCCCAGGUGAUGUGGGGCCUCCAAUGGCGCAGUUUGGACCAAGAGGACCUCACUUCCGUCCAGAACAUCGUCCUAGGUUCCAGGGUCCUGGUGGUCCACGGCCAAAUCAAAUGCCUAUUGGACCAGAUGGACCAAUCAGAGGUCCAAUGCAUCCAAGAAUGGGUGGUCCAAGACCUCUUCUGCCGGAAAUGAAAAAUCGCGACGAAUUUGGCGAUGAAAUGCACGAAGGAAUGGAAGGAGAGGAUGUCAUGGGUCCGAACAUGCGUGGUAGAGGGCGAGGAAUGCCACGUGGUCGAGGGCGUGGUCGUGGCAGGGGUCGAGGAACGCCUCCAGUGUGUCGUCAUUUCGUCUCCCCAAGGGGCUGUCUACGGGGAGAUUCUUGUAUUUUUCUACAUCCGGGAGUAAACGGUCCACCUUUAUAGUAUUUGUGUACAUAGACAAUUUUAAUAUAACAAAUGUACAAAGAGACUUUUGUAUAAAAUAUACCAUAAUUUCAUAGUAUGAACAGUGUGACUGAUGACGUAAAGUCAAUGGAAUUAGGGUCCCGUAUAACGUAAACUUGUGGGGGAAGCAUCAACAUAAGAACCUAAUCCUUAGAUACAUAGUGUGAGAUGUCGUUACGAUUUUUAAUAAGAUUCGAAAAAAGCAAAGAAAACAGUAGGUAACAGCAGCACAACUGAUACGCUUCGUUUCGACUCUGAUAUUUGGAAUUCUCCAUUGCAGACGUUAAUAGUAUGGAAGGUGUGACCGAUGUUUGCAAAGGAUGAUAGUUUAUAUUUGAAUGAUGAACGAAUGUUCAAAACAAAAUUAAUGUAUUUACGACAAAACACACUGUAAGGCGCUACCAUUCCAGAUGCCUGAAUGACCUGAAUCGAUUUAUUUGUAGUAGAAUGAGAUCGAAAGGGGGUAUUUUACUAGUAUUAUGACUUUUAUUUUGCCGUUUCCUGGGUAUCUUAUUAGUCUUAGUUUCUGUUUUCGGUGCUUUUCAUCGACGACAAAUAUACAUACAAGAUAUUACGCAGAUCUCAGUCCACGUGGAGGAUAAAAUGCGUUGACGUUCCAACGAAAGUCUGCAGGGCUCGGACACCUUUACACUGAGCACUGAUUCAUUGACACAAAAUCCAGGAAAGCCGUCACGGAAUCGGUGCACAAACUGAACAGGAAAUCGUACUUCUAGUUGUUAGUAUCAAUGGAAAUGCUGUUGAAGUAACAGAAACUCAAUUAUAUUUUUAACUGAAUUAUUUCAGAUCACGUAUAUUUCAAUAUCUACUUCAUUUCUGGCGCUGGGAUGAAACAUUUCAUUCACAGCAUUUGUGAUUUUAGUGGUAAAAACUCAAAUCUGAGUGACAACAUUGACUUUUUUAAUCACAUCUAUAUGAACAUAAAAACUUGAAGUAUGUUCUUCAGAUGAGUAUUUGUGUCUAUGAAAACGUUCGCUGUUUUUUUUUACAUAUGGUCAAUUGGUUUUCGUAGGUAUAAUUAGUAUUGUGAGGAUAAUAAUUACACCUUGAUAAUCAUAGAAUAAUACCUCUUCAUAAAUUGAUCACCUGCAAAAUAUCACCAGCCAGGAGAUACUGUCAUACAUCGAGAACAGGCUUCGAGUCGGAAUAUGGGCGGAUCCAGAUAAGGGAGGGGUGUGACGACCUAAGAAAUCCUAGUUCAAUUGCAAAAGAAUCAUAGUUACAAGUUUAAAAAACAUAGUCUGAAAGAGUGUGGUUAGAAAUCGAUUUGUUGCGUUGAGUUGGAUUCGUCCUCGACAAAACAUAUGCCAACUCGACUCCGUUUUUAUAGCACUUUAAUAACAUAUGAUUUGAUUGUCAUAACUUUGAUAAAAAACAGAUUAAUCUCCUCUGUAAUAGUCAUAAAUAUAGCGAUACUCACUGUGACGUAAGCCUUUGUUAUUCAUGUGCCAACCAGAAGACGAUUGGCUGUUA